GUAAGGAGAGAAUAUUAUCAGCUACAGUGGUAACAUCUAUGUUGUUAUCAAAGCUUAAAGAUACUGCUGAUGCUUUUACUACCUCAUCAAAUAGUAAAGAUGUUGUUAUUGCUGUACCAUCUUACUUCCAAGAUGCUCAUAGACAUGCUAUAUUGGAUGCUGCCCGUAUUGCUGGUCUUAAUUGUCUACGAGUUAUGAAUGAUUCAACAGCUACUGCAUUGGCUUAUGGUAUAUACCGAUCUAAUGAGUUCAGUGAUGAUACUCCAACAAUAGUAGCAUUCACAUCUGUUGGUGCAUCUCAUUUUGGUACAUCUAUCGUUAAGUUUACUAAAG